AUGAACCGCUACACCACCCUGAAGCAGCUGGGUGAUGGCACCUACGGGAGCGUGCUGAUGGGGAGGAGCAAUGAGUCUGGAGAACUGGUGGCCAUCAAGAGGAUGAAAAGAAAGUUCUAUUCUUGGGAUGAGUGUAUGAACUUACGGGAGGUGAAGUCCCUGAAGAAGCUGAACCAUGCCAAUGUUGUGAAGUUAAAAGAAGUAAUCAGAGAAAAUGACCAUCUCUAUUUUGUAUUUGAGUACAUGAAGGAAAACCUGUAUCAGCUAAUGAAGGACAGGGAGAAUAAGAUGUUCUCUGAGAAUGAAAUUAGGAACAUCAUGUUUCAAGUGCUUUCUGGCUUGGCUUUUGUACACAAGCAUGGGUUCUUCCAUCGUGAUAUGAAGCCGGAAAACCUGCUGUGCAUGGGCCCGGAACUGGUGAAAGUAGCAGACUUUGGACUGGCCCGAGAAAUACGCUCCAAACCACCGUACACCGAUUAUGUGUCAACUCGAUGGUAUCGCGCUCCAGAGGUCCUGCUGCGGUCGUCCAUGUACAGCUCCCCCAUCGACCUGUGGGCAGUGGGCUGCAUCAUGGCCGAACUCUACACCCUGCGGCCGCUCUUCCCCGGGAACAGUGAAGUGGAUGAAAUUUUCAAGAUCUGCCAAGUCCUGGGCACUGUAAAAAAGGGUGACUGGCCUGAGGGAUACCAAUUGGCCACAGCUAUGAACUUUCGCUUCCCGCAGUGUGUGCCCACUCACCUGAAGACCCUGAUCCCGAACGCCAGCAAUGAAGCUAUUACUUUAAUGAGAGACCUUCUCCAGUGGGAUCCCAAGAAGAGGCCCACAGCUGUGCAGGCUCUGCGGCAUCCAUACUUCCAAGUGGGUCAGAUUUUAGGCCCAAGUCAGGAGGUGAAGAAGGUCCAGGCCAGACCCCAGGCUCCGAACGAGACACAAGAACCAAAAGCUGAUCUCCAACAGUCCUCGACAGAACCUAAAGUCUCACCAACAAACAGCAAACCACAAAAUCAGCACCCUGUUCAGCCCCUGCCCUUACAACCUGCUGAGAACACAACACGCCUCAACCAAGCUAAAGCAGGGUCUCUGGGAACAGAAAACGGUGUUGGUGGGAUUGGGACGCUGAAGAAUGGCCGCCGACGCUGGGGUCAAACUGUGGCCAAAACAUCAGACAGCUGGGAGUCGGAUCUCUCUGAGACGGCAGCUUCUAUCUCCAAAAAGCCCAGCCUAAUACAAUCAGAAGAGGCCAAAAACCUCCCACCGGCGAAGGAUCAAAAGCCUCUAUAUUCCUUCAGCUCUGUUACUAAGCUACCCAGCCAUGUAAAGCUGAGCCAAACCGAACACAACCUCCCUGGAUCCGCCGCUCGCCAACACUAUCUCAGUCAGUCACGAUACCUCCCUGGACUCAUUGGUAAAAACCAGUCUGGGGACAAAGAGCUGGGAGUGCGGACGCUGCGAGACUUGUGGGAGAACUCGUCGAGCACUGUAAAUAAAGCACUAGCGCCCAUUGGAGGGGGUUUAUCUGUCACCAGAGCCAACGCAGAAGGGAAUAAAGCUAUGGAUAGCCCCGAAGAGAAAACAAUUGUUAAGGAAAGGAUACUGGAGAAAGUUGAUCUGGGCAAAGGCAAUUUUGUGAGCACCAAAUACAACCUUUCUGCUGGAUACAUCCCAUCGUUCCAAAAGAAAGAAGUAGGCUCGGUGGGACAGCGGAUCCAGCUCGCUCCGUUAGCCGGGCAGCCCUCCACAAAUCUAUCUGCUUCUGAUCUUAAAAAAGAAAAAAAAUCUAAAUCUGCAAAAGCUAAGCAUCUCUCUGGCUCCCCUUUGAGUGAACAUGCUGAAGAUUAUGAAGACUGGAAGAGGAGAGCGGACCGGACUCAGCUCAAGGGCAGCAGCUACUCCGCUCUGGGGAAGACCUCCGGAAACCUCCUGCCACGGGCCCCUGCGGUGCAACCGGUGCACGGGAGAGUAGACUGGACUUCCAAAUACGGGGGGAACCGGUAG